AUGAGAAGCUGGGGCUCAUGGGUGUCCGAAAUUCGGGCACCCAAUCAGAAGACCCGUAUCUGGCUCGGCUCCCAUUCCACGCCCGAGGCCGCCGCCCGGGCCUACGACGCGGCCCUCCUCUGCCUCAAGGGCCCGUCCGCAAACCUCAACUUCCCCGAUUCCAUAAAAACCGCCCCACAAGACUGCCAAAUGACCAAUUUGUCCCCAAAGUCUAUCCAGAGGAUUGCGGCUGCUGCUGCUGCUGCAGCAGCCGCCACGUCAUCGUCGUCUUCUUCCAACUCAUCGCCUUGCCUGUCCUCCGUGGCAGCCCGCGUGGACAAUGACCCGAUAUCGCUGGCAGCUACGGCCUACGUGGACGAAUGCGAUUGGUACAACUUGGAGUCCAAAGAGUACCACGAUGUGAUGGGCGGAUCAUUUUUCGAUCCGACGGUGAAUAUGAUGGGUUCGGAGGAUUUCGACGAAGAUGGAGAUAUCAGGCUGUGGAGCUUCUGCUGA